AUGCCUGUCUAUUAUUUUAGUAUCGUAAAUAUGUCAAAUAUCGACUUCGUUCGGAUGGAGUACACACUACAGCUAACAUUCCGUCAGUACUGGAAGGAUUCCAGACUGGCUUAUGGAAACCUAUUCGCAGAAGGGAUAAUGCCAAAUUUUUUAAUCGUUACUCAGCCCGAUCUUAUAUGGAUUCCAGACACAUUUUUCUUGAAUGAAAAGCAGGCGCAUCGGCAUAACAUAGAUAAGUUAAAUGUUAUGAUAAGGAUCUAUGCAGAUGGAAGUAUUUUGUUUUCUGAGCGAAUAUCUCUCACUUUGUCAUGUGCUAUGCAUCUUCAGAAAUAUCCCAUGGACGAACAGACGUGUGCCUUACAAUUAGCAUCGUACGCAUAUACAACUGAUGACAUC